CCUGUAAUUUAUUGGCUUUCGUUGCAGUCAAGCUCAGACACUAAUCCUAAACGGAGUGUUACGUUCAGUCACCGGCAUCCUAAACCAAUAACCCCUCUUCAUACAGAAAAUGGAAGACGAAAUUGCCGCCCUCGUUGUUGACAACGGAUCUGGUAUGUGCAAAGCUGGCUUUGCAGGAGAUGACGCCCCACGUGCUGUCUUUCCGUCCAUUGUCGGUCGCCCCAGGCAUCAGGGUGUGAUGGUUGGUAUGGGCCAGAAAGACAGUUAUGUUGGUGAUGAAGCACAGAGCAAAAGAGGAAUCUUGACUCUGAAGUACCCCAUUGAGCAUGGAAUUGUGACUAACUGGGAUGACAUGGAGAAGAUCUGGCAUCACACUUUCUACAAUGAGCUGAGAGUUGCCCCUGAAGAGCACCCAGUCCUGCUGACGGAGGCCCCCCUAAACCCAAAGGCUAACAGGGAAAAGAUGACACAGAUCAUGUUUGAGACCUUCAACACACCAGCCAUGUAUGUGGCCAUCCAGGCUGUGCUGUCCCUGUACGCUUCUGGUCGUACCACUGGUAUUGUCAUGGACUCCGGUGAUGGUGUGACCCACACAGUGCCCAUCUAUGAAGGCUAUGCUCUGCCCCAUGCCAUCCUCAGGUUGGACCUGGCUGGCAGAGACCUCACAGACUACCUCAUGAAAAUCCUGACUGAGAGGGGUUACAGCUUCACCACCACAGCCGAGCGUGAAAUUGUGCGUGACAUCAAGGAGAAGCUGUGUUAUGUAGCAUUGGACUUUGAGCAAGAAAUGGGAACCGCUGCCUCCUCCUCUUCACUGGAGAAGAGCUAUGAAUUGCCAGAUGGACAGGUCAUCACCAUUGGAAAUGAGAGAUUCCGUUGCCCUGAGGCCCUCUUCCAGCCUUCUUUCCUUGGUAUGGAGUCUUGCGGUAUCCAUGAAACAACCUUUAACAGCAUCAUGAAGUGUGAUGUGGAUAUCCGUAAAGACCUGUAUGCCAACACUGUGCUGUCUGGAGGUACCACCAUGUACCCUGGCAUUGCUGACCGUAUGCAGAAGGAGAUCACUGCUCUAGCACCCACCACCAUGAAGAUCAAGAUCAUCGCUCCCCCAGAGAGGAAGUACUCUGUAUGGAUUGGAGGCUCCAUCCUUGCUUCCCUGUCCACCUUCCAGCAGAUGUGGAUCAGCAAGCAGGAGUAUGAUGAAUCUGGCCCCAGCAUUGUCCACAGGAAAUGCUUCUAAACAGACUCGUCCCUACCCCACAACCCCAAAAACACACUGCUCCCAGCCCAAACAGGCUCUGCAUACAUACUUGCACCAACACUGUGCUGAGCCUACACCUCUUCCCAUUCUGUCAUCACUCUGGCUAUUGCACCAUGCCCCCCACCCCCCGAUGGGGAGAAACUCUGCAGGAAGUACAGAGCAUCCAGGCGGUGUGAAUGUGAGGAACAUGAUGUCCAUUGUAUUUUGUGUAGGUCAUUCCAAAUGUUUGUUCACCACCUUAUUUGCCUCUAUGAAGGUUUAUUCUCUGGUGGGCCCACUGCCCAACAGACCUGUAUUGCUUAUGUAAAUUAUGUAAUCUGAACUUGUGUGUUUUUGUACUUUCAGCCUUAAACAAUACUCAGUCCAGUUUUGUCGUCAUGCAAAAGACAAGGCUUCUACCUUGUGUUGAGGUGUAAUGAAGGUUUGUGCAUGGGGCUUUAUGCCUCUGGUGUACACAAAAACCAAUAAAGCGCACAUGUCUGA